GAAGAAAAAAAUCUCCAGUGAGGACUGAGCAUGUGCAGAAAAGGUGUUGCUAAGGAAGAGCUGUGUUGCCUGGUUACAGGUCACUAUAGUACACAGUCAGGAAUUGUCAGAGCACAUCUGAUCACUGAAGAGGGCCGGUGAGAUCUCUGGGAAGUCUGCCCCAUGUAGCUCUGCUAUUAGAGCAUCUUGUUAUAUCAAGCAUACUACAAAGAUCUUCAAGUCCUUUACAACCAUGGCAUCUCUAUUACCAUCUCAUAAAGAAAUGGGAAGUGGAACAUAUACAUUCUCCAGCCAACCCAGGGUGGUUCAAAACCGCCAUAAAUACAGGACAAUACAACCACCCACGUCUGAAGAGAGUUAUCAUUAUGGAAAUAUAAUGUAUGAUAGAAGAGUGGUGCGUGGUAACACAUAUGCACAGCUGAUACUACCCCUGGCAGCUCAGCCAGAUCCAGUGGAGAUUCAGAGAGCACAAGAAGCACGCAGAAGAGCACUGGCAAAGAAACGUGCCAAAGAUCUGUUGCGGCCCAGGACCCCGGAGCCAAUAGAAGGCAGGAAGCACAUUGAUGUGCAGACAGAGCUUUACCUGGAAGAACUAAGUGACCAUGUCGAAGAGAAAGAUAUGGAAUGCCAGACAGAUGCCUUUUUGGACAGACCACCUACACCUCUGUUUAUUCCGGCAAAGACAGGAGUUGAUGUUUUCACCCAGAUUUUGGAAGGAGAACUUUUUGACUUUGAUCUGGAGGUUAAACCGCUGCUGGAGGUGCUGAUUGGCAAAACAGUUGAGCAGGCUUUACUUGAGGUAAUGGAAGAAGAAGAACUUGCCAGCUUAAGAGCACAACAGCGUGCCUUUGAGGAACUGCGCAAUGCUGAACUUGCCGAGGCACAACGUCUCGAGGAACAGGAGAGAAGACACAGGGAAGAAAAGGACCGGCGCAAACAGCAACAAAGGGAAAUGCUUUUGAAAGAAAAGGAGACGGCAGAGAAGGUGGCAGCAAGGGCUUUUGCACAGCAGUACCUGGCUGACCUUAUUCCAUCUGUGUUCAGCAGCCUAAGGGACAAUGGAUAUUUCUAUGACCCAGUGGAAAGAGAUGUAGAGACCGUAUUCAUACCAUGGGUUAUGGAGGAGGUAGAGAAGACACUAAAGAAGAAUGAACUAGGAAGAGCAAUUCUGGACAUGUUAAUAAGAGACGUCAUAGGAAAGAGAAAUGAUGAUUUCCAAAGAUUGGAGUUACACGAAUCUACAACAUCAGAUGCAUAAGAGAAGGAGCAACAGUUGGCAUCACAAUUAUAUUCCGUCAACAAAGAGCAAAUAUAGAACUGGGAAGAAUUAAUGUCCACUUCGGCAAUGAAAAUUCAGUGGAAAUAACUUUAUUUUUUUUAACUGUGACUGUAUAAUUGACUUGUACUUGUUUGCCUAAUGUAUUUAAUAUUCUUGAAAUAUAUGGUACCAAUUGAUAGGUUCAUUUGGAUCUGAAAUUG